UUCGUUUUUAAAACAUUAGGCCUAUUUGGGGGAAUUAUUCACUCUUUUAGGCUAUAGGCCUACCUACUAUCAAAACACUUUUGUUGCCCAUUUCACACAAAUACGACAGCAGUGUUUUGCCCAUAACCGAUAGGCUACCAUGCUGUAAAUAUAAACACGAAGCCGGUGUGGAUGGGUAUAACCUGACGUCACAGACCGAGGGCUGGACACAACUUCAGUUCAGUCCGCUGCCUGUCUGUCACCUAGAGAGAUGGCGCGUGUUCUUUGAGGCAGCUGGACAUGUGUUGGCUAAAUGGGCGCGUCUGACCAUGACCUAAACUAUUUUAAUUAAUGAACGUCAAUUCACCUACUCUAGAACUGGAUAGGCGAACAAAAACAGAAAGUGUGCUGCUGUGUAUUGGUGGGCUGCAGUGGCUGCUCCAGCUGAUUUUGCACGAACGCAGGGGAGGGGAGGGGGAGUGCAGGGUUGGGUUUAGCACCGCGCGCAUCCUCCGCGCCUCGACUGUUUUGACCAGAACCGGGACGUCAAGGGAUAGCCCGGCACUCCUGGGCCAUGGCAGCGGGAGGAGGAUGCGGGGAGUCGGUGGACCAGUACAGGGCUGAGGUUGAGCGCCUCACCCGGGAGCUUGCCGAAGCCAACCGGGAGAAGAUCCGAGCCGCAGAAUGCGGUCUGGUCGUCCUGGAGGAGAACCAGGCGCUGAAGCAGCAGUAUGCGGACCUGGAGUCGGAACAGGAGACGCUGAGGCGGGAGCUGGAGCAGCUGCAAGAGGCGUUUGGCCAGGCCUACUCGCAGCAGCGCAAGGUGGCGGAGGACGGCGAGAGCAACGAGGAGACGCUGCUGCAGGAGUCGGCCAGUAAGGAGGCCUACUACAUGGGCCGGCUGCUGGACAUGCAGGCCGAGCUCAAGAACAGCCGCUCCGUGUCCUCCAACGCCCAGGCCGAGAGCGACCGCCUCAACAUGCUCGUCACAGAGCUCCGGGAGAGUAAUGAGGUGUUGGAGCUCCAGAGGAACAGGAUGCGUGAGGAGAUUCGGGAGUACAAGUUCAGGGAGACGCGCCUGCUGCAGGACUACACUGAGCUGGAGGAGGAGAACAUCACCCUGCAGAAACUAGUCUCCACACUCAAACAGAACCAGGUGGAGUACGAGGGUCUGAAGCAUGAGAUCAAGGUUCUGGAGGAGGAGACGGCGCUCCUCAACUCGCAGCUGGAGGACGCGCUCCGCCUGAAGGACAUUGCCCAGGCCCAGCUGGAGGAGGCGUUGGACGCGCUGAAGAACGAGCGCGAGCAGAAGCACGGCCUGCGCAAGGAGCUGGCGCACCACCUCAGCCUCAGCGACAGCGUCUACGGAGCCGGCGCCCACCUGGCUCUGGCCGCCGUCGACCAGCUACGCUCCUUCAACGCCUCCUCCGACGCGGGUGAUGUCUCCUCCACCAACGUCUCCAGCACCACGCCUACCGCCAAUGGCGCCAACGGAUUCCCCGGCACCGGCUCCGCACUCUCCAGUCCAGGUGGUGGCGACGACCUGGGGAGGUGCAACGGGCACCUCAGAGGGUUGAUCGGGGCGGCGAAUGGCAUGGCAGAGUUCGGGCACCGCGGUGGCAUGUCGUCGGCGAGCAGGAAGGGGGUGGACGGGGCGGCGCUGACUCCUGUGGCGGACCUGUUCAGUGAGCUCAACCUCUCAGAGAUGCAGAAGCUCAAACAGCAGCUCAUCCAGGUGGAGCGCGAGAAGGCAUCUCUGCUGGUGACCCUGCAGGAGUCGCAGACCCAGCUGCAGCACACCCAGGGCGCCCUGACCGAGCAGCACCGCCGCGUCCACCGCCUCAACGAGCGCCUCAGCACCAUGCACCGCCUCUGCGGCAGCAGCAACAAGCAGUUCGACUCGGAGGAGACGGAGAAGGACGGCGGCCAUGAUGGUGAGGUCAGUGAGGUCGGAUCCGCCACCAACGGCUGCUGCAACAACCAGGAAGAGGGCUUCGAGGUGCUGGAGGGUAAGUACCGUGUGGCCGUCACCGAGGUCAUCGACCUCAAAGCGGAGCUCAAGACGCUAAAGGAGAAGCACAACCAGGCCGUGGAGAGCCAAUCAGAGGAGAGGAGCCGCUGCGAGGGCAAAGUCCGCACGCUGUCCGAGCAGAUUGGCCGGCUGGAGCGCGACUGCCGCGAGGGCCGCGAUCGCAUCUCUGGGCUGGAGGCGGAGCUCCGCGGGCUGUCGGGCGUGGCCGGCGAGAGCCAGAGCAUGCUGACGGCGGCGCAGGACGAGCUGGCCACCUUCAGCGAGGAGCUGGCCCAGCUCUACCACCACGUCUGCCUGUGCAACAACGAGACGCCCAACCGCGUCAUGCUAGACUACUACCGCCAGAGCCGCGUCACGCGCAGCGGCAGCCUCAAGGGGCCGGACGACCCGCGCGCCCUGCUGUCCCCGCGCCUGGCCCGGCGUCUGGCCAGCAUCAGCUCUGCCUGCUCCUCCGAGCCCCCCAGGAGCCCUCAGGACUCCCCAUCCAAGGACCCCCCGCCAUCAUCAUCAUCAUCAUCCACGGCCACCGCAGGGGAUGGAGGGCAGGUCAACGGUAGCCCCAGCCGCACCCCUCAAGCGCCCGGCUCCCCGGUCACCAUCAGCCUCUCCCCGUGCCCGUCCCCUUCGCCCGACAACAGCAACGGCGGACACGGCCACAGUGGCAGCAACGGCAGCGGGGGAGGCGAGAGCCUGCGGCGCGAGCCCAUGAACAUCUACAACCUGAACGCCAUCAUCCGCGACCAGAUCAAGCACCUGCAGAGGGCCGUGGACCGCUCGCUGCAGCUGUCGCGGCAGAGGGCGGCGGCCCGCGAGCUGGCCCCCGUGAUGGACAAGGACAAGGAGGCCUGCAUGGAGGAGCUGCUCAAGCUCAAGUCCCUGCUGAGCACCAAGCGGGAGCAGAUCGCCACGCUCAGGCUGGUGCUCAAGGCCAACAAACAGACGGCUGAGGUGGCCCUGGCCAACCUGAAGAGCAAGUAUGAGAACGAGAAGUCCAUGGUGACGGAGACCAUGAUGAAGCUGCGAAACGAGCUGAAGGCUCUCAAGGAGGACGCCGCCACCUUCUCCUCCCUCAGGGCCAUGUUCGCCACCAGGUGUGACGAGUACGUGACCCAGCUGGACGAGAUGCAGCGGCAGCUGGCGGCGGCGGAGGACGAGAAGAAGACGCUCAACUCCCUGCUGCGCAUGGCCAUCCAGCAGAAGCUGGCCCUCACGCAGCGCCUGGAGGACCUGGAGUUCGACCACGAGCAGUCGCACCGCGGCGGCAGCAGCGUGGGCCGCCUGGCGGCCGGCAAGCUAGCCAAGCUGAAGAGCAGCCCGCCCAAAGUAAGUGUGGUACGGGCCGCCUUCACGGCUCCCCCUAGCCCCACCGCCCCGCUGUCCCCCACCGUUGCCCGACCCCCGCCUCCCCCGACCCUCCUCACCUCUGCUCUUGGUGGUGGUGUUUCUGGUGGUGGUGGUGGUGGGGGGGUCCCACUGACGACUGCCCCACUCCAACCACCGACGUCCCUGGAGGCUCCCCUGAACCCGUCCACGGCCUCCGCCGCCAACUCCUCCUCCUCCUCCGCCUCCUCCAAUUGGUCCUUCCUGGGCCAGCCGCCGAGCAUCUUGGGUAGCCAGAUGCUGGUGCUGAACGGCCAGACGCUGAACGUAGAGUUCCGUCGCCUGACGCAGACCAGAGACCAGCACGUCCCCGUGCGCCCCUGCAGUUCCGCCCCGACGUCCCCGUACCGCUCGCCCCUCUCGCUGUCCAGGCAGUCCUCCCCCCGGAGCCGGCCCGCUCCCCGGCCUGACACGCCCCCUAACACAGCAACACCCUCCACCACAACAGCUUCAGCAACAACAGCAGCCUCACACCACCAGCCCAGCGACCAUACCCCCCAGAAUCCACCUCUCUGAGCACAAAAAGCCCCCCCAUCUCUCUGAGCCCGGGUGAUUGUGGUUGGGAGGGUUAGGUGUGGCACACAGGGGGUGCUGCCUGCAGU